AUACACACACAUAACUGUGAUAGACAAUGUUCAUCGUUACGUUGAGAGAGGCUGCCGUGACUGCUAUAAAAGAUCACCAAGGUGGCACUUUAGUCAGAAACAAUCCGAACAUGCGUCGCGCUGUGCGGUCGCAAUCACACGCCGGCACCGCGGCGAAAGACGACGCCUACCGAUGCACGCGCGAGAAGAACAACGCGGCGGCGAAGAAGAGCCGCGACCGGCGGAAGCUGCGCGAGAUAGAACUGUCGGUGGAGGUGUCGUAUUUGAAACAGCAGCUAGCGGCGCUCAAAGCGACGCUACGCUCCCGCGCCUGCACACACUGUCGCCGCUCCAGUUUGCGCUAGUGCGGACUACCAGCACACACAUUAAAAUACACACACAUAGUUGUGAUAGACAAUGUUCUUGAACGAUGUGCAAAUAUUGCGUAACAUGACUAGCUACAAGCAGAUUAAAAGUGAAGCCAUGAAAUGGUUAUAAGUCUUUAUAUUAUUGACGUGCAAUUUUUAUUGUGCAACGUUAUUUUUAUAUAAGCAUUUAAAAUCAAAACACAUUUUUUGUAAAUUGUAAUGUUUAAACAAGAUUGAAUAAAAGCAUCUUUAAUAUGACUGUUUUUAUAUUUUUGUUCACUUCAACUUUAGUCUCUUUUCUUUUUUGAGGGGGGAAAAUCAU